UUCUCGAACGGAUCAGCUGAUGGCUUUUUCUCUUUCCUGGCGAUUGUUGACAGCCACGCGAUUGGUCGAACGAUCGCGCGACCCAGUACGACGACUUUUGUCUGUCAGCUCGUUUCUCUCUAGCAAAAAAGUAGUACCCUUCAAAUUAUCAGACAUUGGCGAGGGAAUUCGAGAUGUCACAGUAAAAGAAUGGUUUGUGAAACCAGGAGACCAGGUGAAGCAGUUCGAUGACAUCUGUGAGGUGCAGAGCGAUAAAGCCUCGGUGACAAUCACGAGUCGCUACGAUGGCCUUAUCAAGACUCUGCACUACAAGAUUGACGAUGUCGCAUUGGUUGGAUCGGCGCUAUUGGAUUUUGAGAUAGAAGACGACUCAACAGACGUCGUGAGGGACGAUGCAGGUGAAACUGCAAAGAGUGCGGAAGAUCAAACGAUUGACAAUUUAGAAAAAAGCGAGAGAAAAACAGAUAAGGUGGAAUCGAAGGACAUCACCUUGAAAGAAGGGAAGGCAUUGGCAACCCCAGCGGUGAGAAGGAUAGCCAAAGAAAAUAACAUAAAGCUGACGGAUGUAAAAGCGACUGGUAAGGAUGGAAGAGUGCUCAAGGAAGACAUACUGGCACACCUGCAGACAAUUUCCGCGGGUCCGGGAAUUAAAGUGGAUAUUCCAUCGAGCAUGACGGGAAGAACGGUCGGACUUAAAGGAUACACGAAACACAUGUGGAAAACUAUGACGAAAUCUCUGACAAUACCACAAUUCGUCUUUAGCGAUGAAUGCAACGUGGAUCAAGUGAUGCGCUGCCGAAACGACGUGAAAGAUUCCUUGAUGGAACAGGGCAUCUCCCUGACUCUCAUGCCGUUCUUGAUAAAAGCAGCUUCGCGAGCGUUGGAGCAGUACCCUCAAUUAAACGCUUGGGUCGACGAAGAAGCCCAACAGUUACAGCUUUUCGACAAUCAUAAUAUCGGUAUUGCUAUGGACACUCCGGACGGCUUAGUAGUGCCAAACAUCAAGAAUGUACAAAACCUCAGUAUUUACGCAAUCGCGCAAGAGCUGAAUAGACUUCAGCAGUGCGGCAGUAAAGCAUCCAUAUCGUAUUCCGAUGUGAGCAACACGACAUUUACAUUGAGCAACAUAGGCGUGGUUGGUGGAACGAAUAUGAAGCCGGUGAUCGUAUUACCGCAGGUGAUAAUAGGUGCAUUUGGCAAGGCGCGGAAGUUGCCGCGAUUCGACGAUGAGGAGAAUGUAAUUCCAGUUUACAUAAUGCCGGUCAGCUGGUCCGCGGAUCAUCGUGUCAUUGACGGCGUAACGGUGGCCAAAUUCUCCAAUUUGUGGAAGUACUAUGUGGAGAAUCCAAUGCAUCUGCUGAUCUGCCCUUGAAGCUGUCUAUAAACAUUUUUGUGUACACUAAGGAUUCAGUCCUUACAUUAAACGAAUUACGUAUUAU